AUGGGCACCCAUCCCCCGCCUUUCUCUAAGGUCGUAUACUUCAGCUAUCAUCUCCUUUCACUUACCUCUCCGCUCCCCUCUGCCAACCAGCUCUUAACGCCGCAGUUCUAUUCGUCUUAUUCAUUUUUGUGUAGUGAAAAAACCCAAUCUCGACCCAAUCUCAAUCUUAAAGCUGAACCCCGCACUACCACUUUUAAAUCGACAGUCGUCACAAUUGCUCUUUCUUGCUUUCUUUUUUUUUCUUUCUUUUUUCUUUCUUUCUUUCUUUCUUUCUUUCUUUCUUUCUUUCUUUCUUUCCUCAGUCUCUUUCUUUCUUUCUUUCUUUCUUUUUCUUUCUUUCUUUUCUUUCUUUCUUCUACUUUCCUACCCUUAGAUGUUUUUAUCUUUACUAGUCUUUCUUUCUUUCUUUCUUUCUUUCUUUCUUUCUUUCUUUCUUUCUUUCUUUCUCUUUCUUUUUCUUUCUUUUCUUUCUUUUUUGUUUCUUUCUUUCUUUCUUUCUUUCUUUCUUUCUUUCUUUCUUUCUUUCGUUUUUCUUAUCUUUACCUCAGUCGUUUUAAUUUUACUAGUCUUUCUUUCUUUCUUUCUUUCUUUCUUUCUCAUAGACGUUUUAAAAAAAUCAAGUUCAAACUCUUUACUAUCUUCCACACCACUAGUCCUAUCUCGGGACACAGUCUCUCUCUCUCUCUCUCUCUCUCUCUCUCUCUCUCUCUCUCUCUCGGGACCGCGUCAUGA